CAACUCCCAAGUCCCGACCCAACAGCGAAACUACUCUCCCAAAACCCUAAACAUCUUCAAACCUUUGUUUCUUCUCUUCUCUCUAAUUUUGUCUCUCGAGCACUUACCGUCCAAUAAUGGCGUCGCCUUCUUUAAGCGAAGAUACUGCCAAGGCUGUUCUUCGCCAGGUAGAGUUUUACUUCAGUGAUAGCAAUAUUCCGAGAGAUAACUUUCUCAAGAAAAAAAUUAACGAAAACGAUGAUGGCAUGGUCAGUUUGGCAUUGAUUUGUUCGUUUUCAAAGAUGAGAAGCCAUUUGAAUUUAAGGGAUGUGAAGGCGGAAGAAGUGCCAGAGGCUACUUUGGAUGCCGUUGCUGAAACUCUCAGAACUUCCUCUUCCCUCAGGGUCUCUGAAGAUGGGAAGAAAGUUGGUAGAAGCACUGCACUAUUAGAGCCUGAAGAAUUGUUAGAGCAAUUAGACAGUAGAACAAUUGCUGCAUCACCAUUUGAGUUUAAUGUCAAGAUGGAAGAUGUAGAAGCCUUUUUUGGUCAAUAUGCUAAGGUAAAUAGUGUGAGGUUACCUCGUCAUGUAGCAAACAAAAAGUAUUUUUGUGGCACUGCUUUGAUUGAAUUCUCAGCUGAGGAAGAUGCACAAAAGGUUUUGGAGCAAAGCUUGAUUUAUGCAGGUGCUGAAUUGGAACUGAAACCUAAGAAGGAUUUUGAUGCUAUAAGAGAAGAAGAAGCAGAAGAAUAUGAGGAUAAUCAUCCAGUCACAGGUUCGAAUGGAGAUAACCGUUCGAAUGCAGAGGAUAAAUACCCCAAGGGCUUGGUUGUUGCAUUUGCAUUGAAGAACAUUUCAGGUGGGAACUCUGCAGAGAAAAAUGGUUCUGAUGAACCUGCAAAGGAUGGUGCUACUGAGAAGAAUGAAGAGAAGACUACAGAAAAUGACGAAGAUAACAAAGAUAAGGUUGAUGAUAAACAACCUGUGUCGGGUGACGAAACGGAGAACAAAAGUCCCGUCCAGAAGGAUGAGGGAACAGAACAUAAAAACACUGCAUCUGUUUUCAAAGACAAUAUGAAUGUUGUUUUACGGGAAGAUUUGAAGGAGGCCUUCCAAAAAUUUGGCACUGUGAAGUAUAUUGACUUCAAAGCUGGUGAGGAGAAGGGUUAUAUUCGGUUUGAUGAACCUGAAGCAGCCCAGAAAGCUCGUGCUGCUGCAGUUCUGGCUAAUGAAGGUGGCCUGGUUGUCAAAAAUUUCAUUGCCACUUUAGAACCAGUUACCGGUGAUGCCGAGAGAGAAUAUUGGAGUUUACUUCGCGGUAACCAAGAAAAGCACCGUGGAAACAAGCGCUUCCAAGGAAGGGGAGGAAAGCACUUCAGAGGCGGAAAGCGUGGCCGGGGAAGAGAAAACUAUUCACCAAAGAAAGCUAGAAGAAGUUGAGGGAUAUGAAAGUGAUCCAUCUAUGCACGUUAGAUGGAUUUGGAGAGCAGCUAUAGCCUGAGGGAUUUAUGGGGAGAGCGGCCACACAAUAAGCCAUGGGUGCUUGUUUAUUUCCUGGUUUAUGCCUUUUGCUUAGUUUAGAUCGGUAGCCAUAUGAUUUUAACAGUCCUAUUUUCAUUCCCUUCAAAGUUUUAAUAUACGAGUUCGCAGUCUCUUUCACAACCA